AUGGCCGCCGGCGGUCAGCGACCUGCCCAGAAGCACCCAGGCGGAGGCAAAGAGCUAGGUAGUCCCCGGUGUCCCCACCAGCCUUGCUGCCUCCCAGAGCUCCUGUCAGGUUGCCUGCCGCCCCACAAGCCCGCCGGCGUCACCGCCUCACACCCGCGACUGGGCGCCCCGCCGCCUCCGCUCACGGCCGGCGUCCCCGCCGCGUCCCCUAGGCCCCUUCCCCAGAGGGAAAAGAAACCCUCCGCGCCACAGGCGCUCCAGAGAACAGCCCGCGGAGCCGGAGCCCGCCCCCUGCACCGCCCACCGCGCUCGGCCGCGCGCCCCGCGGUUCCUAGAAAGCCCGGCCUCGCGCGGGCGCUCCGCCUCCCCCGGGCUCCACCGACCCCGUCAUCUGAGACAGGCGGCCCUCUGCGCCUGGCGCGUGCUUCCUCCCCGGACGUCUCUCCCGAAGGAAAGAACCCGCCCAAAGGGCUGCGGCCUCGCCAGCCGAGAGGCCCCUGCUGCACCCCGCGCCCCCACACCGCACUCCCCGCCUUCCGGAGGGUGGGCCGGCCUCAGUACCCUGCCCUCCGGCUGCGGCGAGAGGGGCGAGGCGGGGCGCGUGCGGUUGGAGGGCGCGGAGGGCGGGCUCGCGGGGCCGCGCGGCGGGAGGUAGCUCCGCCCGGAGACAGGUGCGCGGCGGCGCCAGCAGGCUUCCCGGCCGGCGGCUCCCUGGGAGGCCUCAGGCCUGGGCUCCACUCUAGGGCGGAGGCGGGCCCCGCUCGCCGUGGCGCUCCUUUUCCCUUUUCUGGCCGAGGGCCGCGGGCGGAGCGGGGAAAGCUGCCCUCGCCCCCGCAACCCCGAGGGGCCAGGACUGAGGUAAGCUCCGGCCACGGGCGCAGCGGGCCCGGCCCCGAGUCGGUUCCUGCGGAACCGCACCCGUCACAGCCCAGAGGCUCCGCGGUCGAAGAGGCGCCUCGGCUCCCCCAGGCUCCAGGCUCGGUCCUGGUUCCUGGGAGCCGAAAACCGCCACGCACUUCCGCCGACAGGAGCAGCGAUCUCCACUCACCUGCGGCCCAGACUCGAGGCUCGCGAGGCCGCGAGGGCGGAGCGGCUCACCUGGGCCAGGCUGGUUGGUGCUCAAAAAUGUCCCGCGCUCAGCCCUGUGGAGCCGCGGCCUCCUGGCCUGGAGGCAGAGGCCAAACCGGCCCAACCAACCCGGACAGUCUUUGUGCCCCAGGGACUUCUUGGAAAUUCCGCCGCCCCCAGGGGCACUGCGGCAGUUCGGCCUCUCCGCCCAAGCUCUUCCUCUUCCUCCAGGAAGCCCGCCUUGACUCCUGCCCCUAAUAGGUGCAGGCACUCCUCAUUUUUCCGUGGAAGCCCACGGAAAACCAGAGGAGAGCGGGAGGUUACUGCAUUCCAGGCCUUUCCCCAUCUGGACCUCAGUUUCCCAGCUAACGCUGUUGUUCAGUCGCUAAGUCAGGUCCCACCCUUUUCUACCUCAUGGACUGCAACACAAGUCAGGCUCCCCUGUCCUCCACCAUCUCCCAGAAUUU